CCCCAUCCUGUUUCUCUGCCAGCUGGCGAGCCUUUAGGAUGCCCUUGUCUGCCUCGCGCAGCGUGAACCACACGCUACACGUAUUCUCUUUACGAUUUAAACGUGUAAACCUCCCUCUACUUGUUGCAUUCUUUAGUGCAUUGUACAUAUUCCUCCGAGCACUUAGUGGUGCAGGCUACACCGAACCUCACCAUCUCGUACCACUGGGCUCAGCCUCAUCCGACCUCGCAUAUAACCAAACAUACCACGCAAAUGACCAUCCGUUACAUGUACCAGUCCACUCUGGGUUCGCGGAACACUGGGCACGAUUUAAAGAGUCUGUCCUUGCCUGUCCAGAUGACACCGUCGACGCUACUGUGCCAACCAACCAUGAUCCAAACGAAUUAAAAUUGGACGAAGGCAUCACGAACACGAACAUAGAUAGUGUCGAAGCAAAAUCUCGAACAAACACUCGAUACGGCGUAGGGUGCCUUAAGGAACGUCUAAGCAACGCGAUAAACCUACGCAGUCCUACUGGCAAACUCGGUUCGACAAUAAAGAAAGAAGACCGUGCGUUCGGCAUAUCAUUUGAUGGACUUCCUUCCCAACGAAGAGGGGCCUGAAUCUGACUUACGGGGUUGUUCGACGUGCGCUACCGUUACUAGUGAAUGGAGCUCUGGUCCGCUGAUUGAUGCAUUCUUUGUUAUCUUGUGCUGCAUUUGUCCACUGGAGCUGGUACGUCACUUGCCUCCGUGCAUGUGAAAUACUACGUACAUCACCCCCUUCCUCUAACCCCUUUCUUAAACUUACCCGCAACUCUUUGAUACCGAAAUCAAUGUAUCCACCUCUCACAAUUUUUACUCAUAACGAAGUG